AUGGAAGGCUGGACCCUUGCCCUUGAGGAGUAGAACUGCGUCGCCUCAGCGGUGGAUCCCCCCGGGGCGGACGCCCGCCGCGACCCCGAUAAAACGCAUUGCUUCACGUACGAGCGGAGGCACGAACGAGAAGCGCCGCUCACGGAUCUGAUACAGCUGGAGGCCAUGGACGACGGGGUGGCGGGCGAGGUGCGAGUGCUCAGCUCCUCCGGAGAAAUUUUAGGUUUCAGGGGCGGUCUGUCCCUCUCUGUCCCACCCGCUCUUUUUUAAAUGGGCCCAAGAAUGAUGACCCAAGAGGAUAACUUGAGAGAAGUCGGAGGCGUACCGACUAGGCAUGGGGCUCCUCUUGUGAGGCAACCUCUUUCCCUAUAGACUGAGGGGGGAUUUCAGCUUCAGAGAGCAAGAAAGCCUCCUCAUCCUCUGUGUAUUCUUGGGUGGAGAAGAAGGCACGCCCCUGUGGUGCAGAAGAAGACUUCUGUGGGGUGGAGAAGGCUAUUGGGUGCUGUUGAAGGUGACAAAGGCCGGUUCCGGGUGAAGUAACUGAGGUGAGCUCUACCUCAGCCCCAUGACAAUUUGCUAUCAGAGCUCUGGGGAUUCAUGGGUAGGGGAACAUCCCCUUAGAGGAGGUUAUGGAAGCCCGCUUCCAAGUUGUAGAAGGCGGCUGGGAGAUGUGCAGGCGACUGCAAGCUUGACAGUUGCCAGCACCGCCAAUUAGUGGGCAAAUGAUGUAGAUGUCAAGGAGAUGGGCGAGGUACUGGAGGGCUUCACUAGACGUUGCAUUGCUGACGUGCACAUUGAUGGGCAUCGCGCAAGGGAGUUGGGUGACGUAACAAAGGGUCUCAGAGCCAAGGCAUUGAAAAGAGAGUCCAAUGGCUAUAAAACUGAGAAUUUUAUGUGGGAUCUCGACCACUGUUUUCAGGCAGUGCAUACUUCAGAAUGAGAGAAGAUAAUGCUCAUGAGAGAAGCUCAUGUACCUUUGUUGGAAUGUGAAGUUGUGGAGGCAAUACAUAAAUGAAAGAUUGGAUUCGACUCCUCAUAGACACUUGAGAUGGGUUUGUGAAGGAACUAAAGGAUCAAUUCCUUCAACAAACAGCAUGUGGAUGUCAUGAGAGGAACUCGGUUGCUUGUGGUACACCAUGAGAGGGUAUGUGAAGUAGUUUGGUUCACUGCUUUUAGAUGUCAAGAACACGUCAGAUUAGCACAAAUUGUUCAAUUUUAUGGCAUACAUGUAGAAUAGGGUGCAAGCAGAGUUACAACAAUGGGGGACACAAGAUAUAUAGUUGGCCAUGGCCAUGACAAAUGCCUUGGCGGACUACAAAGUUAUUGAAUUUGAUGGAGGUGCCAACCAGUAGGAGAAUAAUGCCAAUCAUAAAGGUGAUUGAGACUCGCAUGGGAGUUAUUGAAGGUAGAAGCGGGACAAGGGCCAAGUUAUUGAAGCUAAACCAGACGUCGUGCUCAACAAGUCAACCCUCCGAGGUGAGAUCGGUUUGUCUUCGGAACCCCAUUAUAUGAAGAACUAUCCCUCUUGUGCAGAUAGGGGCUGAUUGGCGGCAAUAACAGCACCCAAAGCGUUAGAGGAUGACAACUCAACAAUAAGUCUAUAGGUUCUACCAUCAUAGUCCAUCCUACGCCUAAUCCUUUAAGCCUGUCCUAAAAUUGAAUAAUUUUGUCAUCAUUGAACAUAUUUUUCAAAAUCAAAAGUAGUGAAGUAAAUUAUUUCACAUAUUUUCUUAUGAUGUGUGUGUGAUGUAGUCCAACAAAUGCCUCUUGUGCCAUCUGCGCACAGUUCGUGAAGAAGAAUUGAUCUAUCAACUCUUUAACGAACCCAUCCCACGUGCUGAUGAGGGGUCAGGUCCCAUUCUCUAUAGAUAUCCGCCACCACAGCUUUAUGUCACAAGAAAGGUACAUGCUCACGAGCAUUACCUUAUCUGAUUUCAAGGUCUGCACCACCAGAAAACAAUAGAAAAAAUUCAAUUUCCUAGCAUUGCACUAUGUGACCUUCGGAUGUGCCACAUUUGCUCGCUUCAGCAAUGUGACAUCUACAAGGAGGGCCUCCAACACCUCGUGUAACCCCUUGACAUCUGCUUCUCAUCCACUACGAACUGCCAGUACGAGCGACUAACUGGUUUGAAGCCACUUGCACAUCUUUCAACCGGCGCUCUACGACCUGGACAUGGGCUUCCAUGGCCUACAUGGCGGUAGACAUCAAUGUGAUCCACUCGUCUCCGCCUGUGUCAAUGUCCUAUUGGAUUCGCGGGACGUUACCCCGAAACCCAUUCGUAGGGGUCCUCCCCUUUAUGCCCCACACGUUUGCCGCGCCCUGCGCGCCUCCCGUGCAUGCUGUGCCACCAUGUGUUUCCUCGCGCCCUGUCGUCGUGCGCCUCGUCGCGCCGUGCCUUCUGCUUCGUAUCGCGCCACGGGACCACAUAGAUGACUGCCCCUCCUCAUGCUGGCAAUACAAAUCUGCGCCCUGAACCUGGAUCCGGUGAGUUGGGAGCGUAACAACAGCUGUUAGGCGCAAGGCAGCCACUUUCCCGCCGCCAGCCCCUUUAGUUUUUCUUUCAGCUUAGGGUCUGGACCGCUGAGCCAUGCACAGGUCUCUCUCUUUCUCGCUUAUUGGUUCCUAUCUAUCACUUGUUUGUCCUUCCCACCGGCAGACAUUUCGAGAACGAGUUUACUCACGAGGGAGGGCGACGCAAGUUGUGA